GUAACAACGUAAAGACUUCAUUUCUCUCUUGAUGUAUCACUAUAAUGACAUUUCAACAAGUUACAGAAUAAAGGUCAUCCCAUUAAUUUAACGUCGGCCACAUUUGCCUCGGAAACAUUUUCAAUAACUGGGUCAAAACACAUUGAGUCUCACACCGGAAAGAAAAACUGUUUAUUUUUAGUAGAUUUAAACACAUACAGUUAAAGUCUAACAAAAGCAGACGUGUCCAGGAAUGAGUUAGGGCACAGAUUCAAGUGUGCUGAUGCCAAACUCACAGUUGAUCACCAUGUAGCCUUUUCAAAUUCAAAAAUAGAAAUCCGACAAGGAUCCUGAGGGACUGGGGCUGUAUGAAAAGUGCAGGUCUUGCAUAAUUUAUCGCGAAAGCUGUAAUCUAUCCAUCCGUGUGUCCGUGCGUAUGGCUUUGUGACCAGUCAUUGAUCAUGCCGUGAAUCCAGAAACUGGAGAUUUUGUACAGCACCGCUGCUGCCGCCGCCGGAGCAUCACAUCCCCAACGCAGCGUUUGAAUAUCAGCCGAGGCGUUUUCUUCUUGUGUUGUGAGAAAAUGUUUGGAAGAGGCACGGUGCUCUGGCUCUAGUUGAUGUCUCCACUGUAAAAAAAAAAAAAAAAAAAAAAAAAAAAAAAAGAAAGAAAGAAAGAAAGAAACUGUGGCUUUUUCUCUCCCCCCCCCCUCCCCACUUAAGUUGGGCUGAGGUGACCGAGAUCCCCGUUAACUGCGGAUGUCCCUGACCAAUUCAAGCGUCUUUCUGCUCAACGAGGGUUCAGCCGAUUCCUACACUAGUCGACCCUCUGAUUCCGACCUGUCCCUGGAGGAGGACCAGGAGGCGUCUCGGCGUGAAGCCGAGCGCCAGGCUCAGCUGCAGCUGGAGAGAGCCAAGUCUAAACCAGUAGCAUUUGCAGUGAAAACCAAUGUGAGUUACUGUGGAGCCCUUGAUGAAGAUUGUCCAGUCCAAGGUGCUGCUAUUAACUUUGAAACCAAAGACUUUCUGCACAUAAAAGAGAAAUACAACAAUGAUUGGUGGAUUGGUCGGCUGGUGAAGGAAGGGGCAGACAUCACUUUCAUCCCAAGCCCAGUCAAACUGGAAGCCAUGAGGAUAAAACAAGAGCAGAAAGCAGCAGCAAGGAAAGGAGGGAACGCUUCAUCCGGAGGCUGGAGGUCCACCCCUCCAUCUGCAGCCAAGCAGAAGCAGAAACAGACUGAACAUGUUCCUCCAUAUGAUGUGGUUCCUUCUAUGCGGCCAGUGGUGCUGGUGGGCCCCUCACUGAAAGGAUAUGAGGUAACAGACAUGAUGCAGAAAGCCUUGUUUGACUUCCUAAAGCACAGAUUCGAUGGCAGGAUCUCUAUUACACGGGUGACUGCUGAUCUGUCACUGGCGAAGCGCUCAGUGCUGAACAAGAAGGCCAUAAUGGAGAGAUCCAACACGCGCUCCAGUCUCGCUGAGGUACAGAGUGAGAUAGAGAGGAUCUUUGAGCUGGCCAAGUCUCUUCAGCUGGUCGUCCUGGACGCAGACACCAUCAACCACCCAGCACAGCUCCUCAAAACUUCUCUGGCUCCCAUCAUCGUCUACGUCAAAGUGUCAUCACCAAAAGUUCUUCAGAGGCUGAUCAAAUCUCGAGGGAAGUCACAAAGCAAACACCUCAACGUGCAGAUGAUGGCAGGGGACAAGCUGGCUCAGUGCCCACCUGAGAUGUUUGACGUCAUCCUGGAUGAGAAUCAGCUAGACGAUGCAUGUGAACACCUUGCGGAGUACCUGGAAAUUUACUGGCGUGCUACGCAUCUUCCCUGUUCUGCCCCUGUUAACCCCUUACUGGACCAAAGUGUGAUCACCCCACCCUCAGCUAACUCCAGCCAACAGUUUUCUGAGACUCAAGAGUUGAUAGAAUGAUCAGUUCCACAGACAGAGGAGCAGCCUGUGCUGUCAGCUGGGGUCAGACUAGAAAGUCAUAGAGCACAGGGACCAGGGCGCCACCAGGGGGCAGCAGUAGCCCUUAUUUCUCCAAAGCCAGCCACCGCCUACUCUGGCCACACCUGGGGGCGAAGAAGAGAACAAGAGCGGAGUCCCUCGAGAGGGAAAGAGCAGGAGGCUGGUGAUCUGGAGGAAGAGGUGAAACAAAAACAGGGAGAGGAGCAAAAGAAGGAGGAGGAGGGGGAGGAAGAAUUGCCUAGCACCAUAACAGAUACAGGAUCCUCCACCUCACUGCUGCCCCCUCGGCAAGAGCUCCCUGCUCCCACCGCCACACGACAACUCAGGGCCGCUUUCUACAGCUGUAUGCAUACUGGUAACAAAAACCAGUACAGCUGUGCAGUUACUGCACACCAUCCCUCCCUCUUCCCUCACCCCUCAUCCCACCCUGACCUUGACCUUGUUUCCAAUUCCCUUCUUUCACACUGGAAGUCACACUCCCCAUCCCACCUGGCAAAGCUGAGCUAGCCCAUGUGUGUCCAGACACAAAGAAGUGGUCAUCUUAGACACAGAUAGGCUGAUUCAGCUCACACUGUACACAAACUGCACACCUGUGAAGUCACAGUAUGCUAGCAUACUGUAUUGUAGCAUAGCAAAGCUGUCGGUAUAACACAAAACAAAAACGCUUACCAAUGAUGGGUUGCCAGGGUUACCUCUCGAUAAACCUGACUCCCCAAUCUGGCCAAAGAAUGCAGAGAGUAACGGAAAACCAAUUCUGUAUGUCUUCCAUCUCUACAGCUCUCUCUGAGCUGUCAUUCCAGUUUAACCAAACGUUUCCUCAAAGGCACAGUUCCUCCUAUCAGAGUCAAUGUGGUGUCACCUGUGAUGGGACACUUUCUUCCUCCUAUAUCAGUUAUUUUCUCUCCUUGUUUUUCCAGUAGCCUUUUUAAAUUCUUCUAUUAUUUUUUUUACAGUAACUAUCUAUACUACUAUCUAUAAUCCAUAUCUUUGCUCUCAACAUAGCUGAUCACAUCUCUGUAUGCAACAGCGAUACAGAACCCACACAUGAUAAGCACAGAGUUGCACAUCAACAGUCUAUAUGCAUCUUUUGUCACAGCCGUGAAUGUAUGAAUGCUGGCCUGUUGGCUUAGGAAAGAUUAUUUACAAUAACUGUGGUUUGUUUGCAGAGGGUUGGUGGCAAAUCAACCAAGUCACAUUUGGCUUCAAAUGUGAUUCUAGUCAAUCUCAUACAAUCAUUUCAGAUCAUCAUACUGUUUGUCAAUCACUGCACUGUAGUAUGAUUUUUCUUAUCCCAAAGAAGCACAUUUUGAUCUACCCAGGAAUAUAAUUUGUAGAAUAACCAGAUUUCAGAUGUAUUGACAGAUGUAUAGCUCCAGUAUCAAAUCUGCAAUUUUAGCACAACUGGUAUUUAUUUUGUUUCCUGACACCAAACUGCUCCUAAUGAUGAUUUUAAAGUAAAACUGAAAGAUGAGACUGGAACAAUCACUCUGUGCUUUUGCGGUUUAACCAUACUCUUAUAACUUAUUUAAUAUUGUACAUGACUUGGUCUUCAGUUUUCCAAGUGGACUUGAAACACAAAACACCUUAUUUAGUAGAUUUACUGUAGGGGUUACAAAGAGAAUAGAUGUGUAGGUCAGUAAUACAAUUAAAGUUUACCUCAGCAAGUGUGCUGAAUGUGAUUCUUGGUGAAAUUAGCACCAAACAAAAAUUAGCACAUUGCCACAAAGUCAGUUAGGAUUUUUUUUCCUUUGUUAUCAUAUCAUUUGUUAUAAUUUUCAUUUCACACUUCACUGCUACUCAGUGGUGUAGUGGUAACUCAAAAUCGGGUGGACUGUAGACUGUCUAAGUUAUGCUGCUCAGAGACAAAGAGAUAGCUAUUCUGUGUACCCUCACACCCACCCUCCACUACACCAAUGUGCUACAACACUGAGAGGGCUUCAUCUCUGCAGACAUUCUCUCUCUGAGCACAUCGACAGAUUGCGAAGGCUUACUUCCUGAUAAGCCUAGUAAAUCAUUUCAUCGUCUUUUGGCAUAAACAGCUAAAAUCAGCAUGAGUAGCACAGGCUUAUAAGUACAUGGAGGGCGACCUCUGGUGGUGUAUUUAUGUUAUUCGAGGUCUUGUAUCCACUGCUUAUUCUCUGCUCAUUGCAAACAAACUGCAGGAUAUACAUUAAUAUACAUCUACAUCAAUUAUGAAUAUGUACAAUUUCCAGUCAUAAGACUAGUUAAAUGUCUUGUCUGCUUCAUCCAAACUUCGCAACGCCAUCAGUAUGUUUAUUUAAGCAUCUAUUGGCCUCCAUUUUAUGUCUUACAGUACUCACAAAGAUGAAUGCUUCUCAACAAGCACUAAAAUUCUUACAUUAAUGCCUCUGCUUUUAUCAUGUAAAACUAUACAACUCAGCUAACAACAUACCACAUAUGUAAAUAAUCUAAUGUAUGUGCAUGACAUAUUGUAUUCCUGUUUCAUCAGAAGGGCUUUUUAGGACCAUCCUCACAUGAGCCGUUCACUUGUCAGAGUAAUUUAACAUGACCUGCAGUACAUAACCGAUCACAUGUAUGCAUUAUCAUGGCUUCAACUGUACAUAGUGUAUAUUCGACAUGCAGAUAUUAUUAUCAAAUUGCACAGAAACAACAAAUGCAGUCAGGAAGUAGAAGGGUUUUAGUCACAGUACACAAAUCUAUAUUCAACGCCUCAGAAAGCAUGUGUUUCUAUGUAUUUUCCUCUCUUUUUAGAAUGAUGCACUGCAGUUAUUUAGGACCACCAUGAAGAUUGCUUCCACUGACACCCACAUUCAUUUCUGAAGGACCAGGUUUGAGAUACAUAACUUCUAUUUGGUGAAGCAUAGAGAGCACAGUACCUUCUUACAAUAAGAGAGAAAAAUAAUAAUAAUCUCAGCUCCUCCUGUUUGCUUAAUUUUUAUUGCAGGAAAUUUCUACAAAAGGUGAAUUAUUCUUUGGAUGUCCAAAGCACAAUUUUUUACAAUUAUCAUUUCCUAUUGCGUUUCACUUGCCUAAAUUCUGUAUGCAAUACAAAGUCUAGCAUUGACGAGACACUAGCUGAGACUAUCAAGAUAUCUCCUCAGUUAUGAUGGGGUAUAAUUGCACUACUAUCAUUUAUAUGUCUGCUUUAUGAUGCAAUAAAUGCACUAAACGUUAUGCUGUACCCACCUCCAAUACUGAACAAGCUGUCUGGUCUAAUGAUGAUGUCAACAUUUCCUGUGGUUUCUGACAAGUCGACAAGAUCAAUGAUAUCCAACAGUGUCUGAUGAUUAUGUGUACAGGGUGCAUCUUUUGUCAAUAGCACAUUUGAAAGAGGGGGUGAAUAAAAAACAACAACAUUUAAGUAACA